AUGCAAGUCUUCCUCCUCCUAGCUGCAGCUGUCCAUGUAGCUGUCGUAUCUUCAGUGGUCGCUCCGUUUCUACUGGCAAAUUUUUCGCGUUUCGAUAUUUGGCUCCAAGUCUCCUGCGCUUCCACCGAGCAGAGAGCCUUGAUAGAGAGAUACCCCCCUUACCAGCGCCUGUACCAUCAUGUUGCGGGUGUUCUUUCUCCAAUCGAGGAAGAUUGCGCAACCAUCGUCGAUGCGAUCAACAUUUUCUCCACCAACGCGGCGAAUAACUUUAUCGUGAAAGCUGACCACACAUUGAUGCUCGCCUACGGAAGUAGCAAUUACUUUUUCGCCUAUUCUGGGAGCGUGGAAUCCGAUCUCCUGGGUCACGUUCCUCUUCAUUCCGCGUGUUGGCCGGUAAAGCAUGUUUCCCACCUGUCCUGCCUUUCUCUUCGGAGGGCCUUUGUACGGGCUUGGAUGGAACCUGGGCUACUGGGUGUCAAGUUUUUCGCUCCUUUGUUUUUUGUUGUUAACGAUUGGAAGCAGGGCAUCGCAUUCCUGAACGUGGUACGGAAUACAAUCAGGCCUUAA